UCGUUUUUAUCAUCAUCAUCGUUAAAAAAAUCAAUCAAUGAGAUUCAUUAAUUUCAUAAUCAAAUAAAAAUGGCCAGACGAAAAUCGACAGCAAAAAUUGCCGAUAACGACAAUAACAACAACAGUGGCCAACAACAACAAUCGACGAUCAAUAAAACAACAAUGGCCAAACAAAAAUCUGUGAAACAGGCAAAAAAUUCGAAAACAUCAAAAGGUACAAAAGGUCGGCCAAAAGGUAAAACAAAACAACAACAACAAACAACAUCUGCUAAAAGAGGUCGAAAACCUGGCAAAAAAUCAACAACAAACGAAACGAAAUCACUUAAAACAACGAAAAAAAGGAAAAAAACAACCACUAAACGUGUAAUCCAGAAACCUGGCAUAAGUCGUCGACAUUAUCAUUCAGUUAGUAUGAAAUUGCAGCCAUCUAAAGAAUUUAUUCAGCAAAAAAUAACCAAAUUGAAAGAUCAAAUGCAAUUGAUACGUAAUUCGCAAAAAAAUCCCGAUUUAGCUCGUAAAAUGAUCAUGGCAUUGGAACGACAUUGUGACAAAGUUGUUGAUCGUGUUCGUAUCAAACGAAAAUCACGACAUAAGAUGAGCAAAAUGGCUAAAAUGAAUGAAUUGAAAAAUCGGAAAAUUGAUCUGAAUACACCGCAAUCAAUAUUAUGUGAUUAUAAUUGGACACAAUUAUUGAAUCGAAAGAAUUUUGAUCGAUUACCCGCUUAUUAUCAAUAUCAUUUGACAAAAUUAUUACCAAAAUGUGAUCAACAAUUAUUGGAUAAUAAUGUUAUCUGUCCAACCGAAACGGCCUUUACUAAUGAGUUUUUUUCACGUGCUGUAAAUAAUUAUUUCAAUCGAUUGGUAGAAGGUAAAUUGACCACUGAAUCAUUGGCAAAAAUUAAACGUGAAAUUGAAAAGACAAAAAAUCGUCUUGAUCCACUUAAAUUGAAAUAUUUUGAACCAGUAUUUCGUACACCGGAAGAAGAUCUACCUAAACCAUUAACGGAUGAUGAUCGUUGUAAACAAGGAAUGGCCUUUAUGAAUGCAUUUAUAAAUUGUGUAGAUAAAGUAAAACAAACACAGCGUAAAAAACAAAGAUUAAUGGCAGCAUCAGCAACAACUCAACAACAACAACCAUCAACAUCGGCCAAUAUUUCACAGUUGCCUGCGCCACAAUCACAACCACCACCACCAUCAGUUCAACAACAUUCAUCGAAAAAACGUAUCUGGGAUUACUUACCUUCAUUAACUACUUAUGAAGAUCCAAGAGUAAAGAAAAUGGUGAAUGAAACGUCAAUGAAACCGAAAGCUACGGUUACAUUUUCUGAUGUGGAAAAGAAUCCUGAUUUGUUACCAUAUUUAGAUCAUUCUGAUUUGGAUCGUUAUGUACAAAGAAAAAUUUCAUCGCUAAUAUCACAAUUAUCGUUGGAUAAAGACCCAAGACGUUGUUAUCGUUCAUGCGAUUCACCACCGGCACUACCACCACUACAACCAUUGACAACAACAAUUGAAUUAGUCAGAAGGUAUAAUCCUAGUGAUGAUCGAUUUAGUCACAUAAAGCCUGGUGAUGAUCAAUUUAGUCAUCUAAAUCCUGUUUAUUCAUCUAACAACAACAAUAAUAAUGAUGUCUAUGAUGAUGAUAUGAUUCUCGAUUCUGAAUGUAAAAAUAUUGUGGACGAUAAUAUCAUCAAAGAUCCUAGUUGUUGUGAUCUAGAAAUAGAACAAUUAAAUCUUGAUGAACAGAUAAAAUUUGAUCAAUUAUUAAUGAUUUCGGAUCUUAAGAUUUCAGAAGCCAAGCAUCGUCAUCAUCCUCAGCAGUCGCAAUCGAAAUCACAAAUAACAACAGUACCAAAGAAACGAAAAUUAUCAAAGAAAAAUGUGAUUACUCCACAAUCAACAUUAUUACAACCCGUUGUUUUUGCUAACAAUGAUAAUACUGGUGAACAGCCUGCGUUUUUUAUGACAACCACUGGCAAUAUGUUGACCAUGAUACCGAAUGAUAAAACGAUAAUCAAACAACCACGACAAGGAAAACCGAAAGCUACCGUAUCGGACAUUAACCUAUUAAAUAAUCCGUCUUCUACUACUAAUACUUCAUUAACUCAGGCUAAUAAUCAAUCAACAUCAAAAGCUUGUUUGCAUAAACCAACGCCGAAUAAUUCAUCACCAUUAUCGAUGCCAAUAAAAUAUAUUGCUACUCGAACACACUAUCCGAUAUCAUCAACAUCAACAUCGAUAAUUUCGGGUAAUUGUGGUCAAAAUAUGCAACAACAACAACAACAACAACAUCUACAAUCACAAUUGAAUUUGAAUCGAGCUACUACUACUACAACUUCUGAUUAUAGUCCCGGUGGUGGUGCUGGUACUGGUGAAUCGACAUCAUCGUCAAAAUCAUCAUCACCAUUAAAAGUGCAACCAAUACAUGUGAUAUUUGAUAAUAAUAAUGAAUCAUUACCAAAGAUAGUUCUUACACCACCACCAUCAUCGUCAUCAUCAUUGUCACCGGUAUCGAAUCGACCAAUAGCAGUUAAUUCCACUAUUUCAAAUACAACUUCUGGUCCUGUUCAGCAUCAGUAUUUAGAUAAUAAUGGCAAAGUUCAUUUUAAAUAUUAUAAAAAACCGCCGACAACUAUUAGACGAAUAGAAUCUGAUAUGUUAAAAAUAGGUAAUUAUCGUAUGAUUGAAUUGCCGCAAGUAUCAUCGUCACCAUCAUCGUCACCGGUAUCGAAUCGGCCAAUAGCAGUUAAUUCCACUAUUUCAGAUACAACUUCUUGUUCUGUUCAGCAUCAUCAAAAUGAAAGUGGCAAAGUUCAUAUUAAAUAUAAUAAAAAACAGCCGACAGCUAUUAGACGAAUAGAAUCUGAUUUGUUAAAAGUAGGUAAUUAUCGUAUGAUUGAAUUGCCGCCAUUACCAUCGUCCAUGUUGACGAAUCAAACAGCAACAACAACAACCAAAUUCUGUACAUUUCAACCAUUACCAUUACAAACAUCAAUUAUUGCUCAACCACAGCAGCAGCAACAACAACAAUCAUUGAAUCGUUCGAAAUGUACAAUGACUAUUCAACGACCAACUACAACGAAAUCAUCAACAGUAAUCAAUAGUAUUCAUGAUUAUCAAUCGUCCCAAUCGAUUGUUCAUCACCAUCAAAUGGCCACUAUUAAUCCAUCAUCAACAUUAAUAUCAUCUGGAUUGAUGCCACCACCACCACCACCGCCACAAUAUUCAUCAACUAUCACCAACACGACACCAAAACGAAUACGUCUAAUGAAUACACCAUUUACAACUGUCACAACAUUGCCUACCGUUGUUCACACCAAUAAAUCGUCAAAUUCGAUUAGUACUGAGCUUCCAUCAUCUUCACGAAAAAUUUUUGAUAUUGGUCAAGCAAAGACAUUUUACAUUCAGACUCCAACAUCAUCAUCAUCAUUUUUAAAAACGAAUAAUAAUAAUGGACAAAACGAUAUCUUUCAUAAACAAGAGCAGCUUGGUACACGAUUUGAUAAAAUGUCAGAGGAACAGAAAUCGAAAUCAUUUUCUCCUCUGCCUGAAGAAUCUGGUCAUCAUCAUCAUCAUCAACAACAACAACAACAACAACAACAAUUGCAUCAGCAUCGAUCAGCAUUCAUUACAAAUCAGGUAACAUUACCGACGGUUAGAACAACAACAACGACAACAAUGACGAUGACAACUGAGAGCAGUAUUCUGGCACAGCAACAACCAUUUGUUCCAACAUGUACGACGUCCAUAAUCAAUAACAAUAAUAAUCUACAGCCACAUAAACAACAAUUUGUUGUAAAUAUGGCAAUGAAUGAAAUAACAUUUGUUGGACAACAUCAACCCAUUUCAAUGAAUACAGCAGCAGCAGCAGCAGCAACAACAACAAAAACAACACCACCAACUACGACAUCGCCAUCAUCAGCUAUGAAAAAUCGACAACGAAAAACAAGAAAUGUGAUGUUGGAUGAUCCAAAUGAUAAUACUAACAACAACAGCAGCAGCAGCCGAAAUAAUCGUCGUGGUCGACGUCGUACAGAAUUUUCCAAUUAUCAUAAUGAUGAUAACAAUAAUGAUGGUGACAAUAGACAAUCGCCAACUACUAUUAUAUCCACUAUCAUGAUACCGAUCACAGAAACGGAAACUAAAUCUAAUGAAUCCGAUUUGGAAGAAAAACCUAAAAUUAUUAUUUCUGCCAGUACUACUACUAGUAAUGAUGAUGGAAAACAAAUGAAAGAUUUAACAACAACGAUAACAUCAAUGAAACCAUCAUCAUCAUCAUCAUCAUCGUCAUCACCAUCAUCGAUCUUUGAAAUUAAGAAAAAACGUAGCAAUGAUGAAACGAAAAUAGUGAUGCCCGUUAUUACGGAAAUGCAAUAUUUAUGGCACUGUACUUGUUAUCGAAAUUUUAUACGCUGUAUACGUAAAUCAGCAAGAUCAUUAGAACAUUUGGCAUUCGUGUUUCGUUAUUGGUUAGAGUAUGAUCGAAAAUUAUUAUCAUCAGAAGCAUUCAAUAAUGUUAUAGUGAAAUAUAUUGAUGCCGUACGUAAUUCAUUGAUCAAUACAAUAAUGUCGAUUAAAGCAUUGAUUGCAUUAACAUCGUCCACAUCAUCAUCAUCAUCAUCAUCAUCCUCGUCGUUAUUGAAAUCACAAUCGGAUGCUAAACAAUCAUUUUAUGAUCAAAUAAUGAAUGAAUGGCAUGUAUUGAAUAAUGAAAUGGCUAACGAUCAUAAUCACCAUUGUCCUGGUAAACAUUUGAUGGAUAAAUUUAAUUAUGUUUCCCAACAAGGACAUGAAGUAUUUCGGGCAACACUUUUUAUGUUAAGAUUUGAACAAGAAAAUUUACGUGAUCUAAAUAUUGAUCUCUAUAUGAAUAUGUUGAUAAAAUUUAUUGCCUAUCUGGAUUUUUUUAUCACUAUUAUGCGUAAUCAUUGUCAAUCUCAUCAUGGUCAACAACCAUAGCCAGCCACAGCAAGCCGCCACAGCCACCAUCAUCCAGAUGAAUUAAAUAGUAAACGCCCAUA